AUGUCGUCACGGCGCUCCCUAGGCUCGUGGUGGGCCAUACUGGUCUCCUGCCUGCUCGCUACUACUGUCCGCGCUCACACUGUCAUCGUCUAUCCUGGAUGGCGCGGGAACAACUUGCAUUCCAACGGAACCGUCGAGGAGACAGAUGGACUCAGCGUCAAGAUUGCCAAAAAUGCCACCCACUAUACUGACGUCCUGUAUCCUUUUGGGAUGCAAUGGUUAUAUCCUUGUGGUGGAAUGCCAACCUCAACAAACCGAACAAAAUGGCCCAUCAAAGGCGGUGCCAUAUCGUUCCAACCCGGGUGGUUCCCCGGCCACAAGACCGCUUUCAUAUACGUGAACCUUGGGCUAGGGACUGUUCCGCUGAACUUGAGUCUGACUAUGGUUCACCCGUUCGAGCUUGUUGGCCCUACCUUCGAGCCCUACCCGGGUACUUUCUGCUUACCGCAAAUCCCCUUACCGCCCAAUGUCGAUAUAAAAGUCGGCGAUAAUGCCACUAUUCAGGUAAUCGAGCUCGCCAUGCAUGGUGCCGCUCUAUACAAUUGCGUCGAUAUUACCUUUGCAGAAAUAGGAGACCCGGAAAUUCCCAGGGUGACGAGAGAAAACUGCUUCAACUCCACAAAUAUCACCGCCAAGCUACUGUACAGUAUGAAUGUUGACAACUCCAUAUCGAGUGACGCCUCGAGCCACGCUCAAACGAUAUACUCUAGCCUUGCUAUUAUUCCUCUGCUGCUGGUUGGCUAUUUAGCGAGGUUAAUCUGA